AUGCAAGCUUAUAGUAGCUCGAUUGAAGUCAAUAAAGCAGAUUCAACACUUUGCUAUCUUAGUGUUUCAAACCUUUUAAGUAAUAAUAAUGAUAAUGAUAAUCAUGCACUUUCUCGUAAAAGAAAAAUAUUAGAUAUUAAUGAUAAUAAUCAUGCAUCUUCUCAUAAAAGAAUAAUAUUGGAUAUUAAUGGUUGGUUAAAUUUUAUUUAA